AUGUUAGUUAUAAAUCUAGCGCCCAUCGACCAGUCGGGCCGCAGCUUAUCAAUAGCCCAAUAUCUCAAGAAAAACAAGCACAUUGUGCAACUCAUUUCCUACAAAGGAUCAAGAAACCACACGCUAUCUACCUCGCAAAGUAGAAUGUCUAUUUCAUACAUAAAGAACAUUAAAACACAAAACAAGCCUUUUUUAUGUAGACCAGUGCUUCUUUUUAUUAAGUUAGUGUACAUCACAACGAUGAGCAUACUCUAUCUAGUCAGAUACAAGCUCUCUCUCCACGCGAAUGACGAGGAGAAGUGUUCUACGCUGUGCAAGUUCUACAGCAAAGGAGGAACUGUGAUAUUUGUGGUGCCUCCUACGACGACUGUCUUACUGCCCAUGCUGCUUGCAAAACUUCUUCGCAUUCGAGUGAUCAUAGACUGGCACAGAAUAAACACGGGAUUCAUGGAGAUAUUCGACAGACACCUGGCAUCCACAGUGGACAACAUCACUGUGACGCAGGAGAUGCAGAAAUACUUCAUGAGCUUUGGAAUUAAAAAGCCAUUUCUGCUGAGCGACAUGAAGCUCCGGAAGAUUCUGAGCAAGAAAGCCAUGGGGACAAAGAGGAAGCUCAGCAGGAAGCAGUUCAUAGACUAUUUGUCAAGCAAGUACGCAGAGUACAAAGAUAGGCUCGCAAACAUCCCGAAGUUCCAGCAAAUAGGAAUAUGCAGCACAAGUUUUUCGGACGAGGAAAAAAUACACCAGCUGCUGGAAGACCUAAAAGACCUCAACAUACCGCAGGGCGGAGUGCUUUUCAUCACCACAAAGCAAGAGAUUGUGUGCCAGCACGAGAACCUGCAGAUAAUACAGGUGUUUCUGGACUACGAGGACUACCAGAGCCUCCUGGAGAUAGCAGACUUUGGAAUAUCAACACACCAGUGCCGGCUUGACUUUCCGCUGAAGAUAGUAGACUAUUUGGAAAAGGGCCUCACAGUGCUGGCGCACAACAGCACGCCGAACCUCAAAUCUAAACAAAAAAACGAGAAGAUCAUCCGGUACAAGAACAACAAGAAUCUGACGCAAUACCUGCAGAAGAUAUACGCAAACAAGUCAAGCAAGGAUGAUGGGUGUUUUUUAAAUAAGAUAGAAUAA